CACCCCACAAACUCUCCUCCUGCUUCUCCUCUUCUUCCUGGAGUUGGAUCCUGUGCAGAGGACAAAAGCCAAGGAAGUUGGGAGGAAGUGAUCACGGGCUGAAAGCUGCCGUCCAAAACCAAAACAACAACUACAACUAAACUAAUCGCAGACCUGGCUGCCCCCAUGCCUAUCGAAUUUGUUUGCAAAAUCAAAUUUGCAGAGGAGGACGAGAAGCAGAAAGCAAAGCAGGAUGGGGACAAGGAGAGCCUGAUAGAGGAGAGCUGCACACCUCCGGCCAAGGACUUGGCCGGAUUUGCUAACUCCUGCUCCCUACAUGGGAUUAACCACAUCUUUGUCUCUGGACGCCUGGGCAUCCGGCAGACUCUCUGGGCUCUUGCCUUUUUGACUUCACUGGCACUGUUCCUGUACCAUGCGGCGAAGUGUGCUAUCUCUUACCUCGAGCACCCUCAUGUGACCGCUCUGAACGAAGAGGCCACCCCAGAGAUGGUUUUCCCCGCCGUCACCAUCUGCAACAUCAACCGCUUCCGCUUCUCCGCGCUCACCGAUGCCGACAUCUACCACCUGGCCAACCUGACGGGUUUGCCGCCCAAAAACCGAGACGGGCACAAACCUACCGAUUUAAUGUACCCCGCCCCGGACAUGCAGGACAUCUUCAACAGGACAGGGCAUCAGAUAGAAGAGAUGCUCAUGAGCUGCAAUUUCAGUGGACAGAACUGCUCGGUGGACGACUUCUCUGUGGUGUACACCAGAUAUGGGAAAUGCUACACCUUCAAUGGCAACAAGACCACGUCCAGGAAAACCAAGCAGGGAGGGAUGGGAAACGGACUGGAGAUCAUGUUGGACAUCCAGCAGGAUGAAUAUCUGCCCAUCUGGAGGGAGACAAACGAGACGUCUCUGGAGGCCGGGAUCCGAGUUCAGAUCCACAGUCAGGAUGAGCCUCCCUACAUCCACCAGCUGGGCUUCGGAGUCUCUCCGGGCUUCCAAACCUUUGUUUCAUGUCAGGAGCAGAGGCUGACCUACCUGCCCCAGCCCUGGGGGAACUGCCGCUCCACCAGCAAAGAGAAGUUUCCGGGAUAUGACUCGUACAGCAUCAGUGCCUGUCGCUUGCUCUGUGAGACCAAUGAGGUCCUGCGGGUGUGCAACUGCAGGAUGGUGCACAUGCCUGGAACGGCAGAUAUCUGCCCUCCCAGUAAAAUCAACUGUGUUGACAAAGCACUCGCACAGCUCCAGAAAAACAGCGGGGACACCUGUCCAUGCGAGAUGCCCUGUAAUCUCACCCGCUACGGUAAAGAGCUCUCCAUGGUCAAAAUCCCAAGCAAAGGCUCGGCUCGCUACCUGUCCAGGAAAUAUGACAAGUCUGAGGACUACAUCAGAGACAACUUCCUGGUCUUGGACAUCUUCUUUGAAGCUCUGAACUAUGAAACAAUUGAGCAGAAGAAAGCCUACGAUGUGGCAGGUUUAUUAGGUGACAUCGGUGGGCAGAUGGGUUUAUUCAUCGGAGCCAGCAUCCUGACCGUGUUAGAAAUACUGGAUUAUAUGUACGAGGUGAUCAAGCAGCGACUACAGCGUCUGCUGAGACCGCAGAAAGAGGAACGGAAGAGCAAACAGCAACCGAGCAUGAUCGCAACAGUGGGCUUAGAAGAUACGAAGACAAAGGAGCCCAACGACACAGCAAGGAGUCACCCAGAGGGGGCGUACGCCAACACCAUCCUCCCCAACCACCACCACCACUACCACCAUCACGCCGGGCGCCAAGGGGUGUUUGAGGACUUUGCUUGCUAGAGACAGCGCCCGUUUCCAGGCCUGGUGACAACCAAAGCUAAGAGCUGAGAUCAAUAAGAGACUCUCAGUGUUUCCGUUGGCCCGCCGCUGUCACCGGUGGAAAGCUACAGCCAAAGCCAAACACCAAACCUGUGCUGCUAACAAACCACUUACCUGAACAGUAUGUAGGCACAAAUUGGACACCGCUUUUUCUUCUUCAUUUCUCUUUUGCCUAAAUGGGACCCUUCACAAUGUUGUCCCACUUCACGAGGCGCCAGGCACGAUGUGAAUUUCAGGGCCAAUUUGUAGUACACGAUCAGCAUAAGGGAGCGGAGUACUGCAUGUCAACAAGUUUAUAUUAC